GUCUCAUCUUCUUCCCUGCACCUAACCCUUCCCUUGCUCUGGUCUCUCGACCGUUGGCAAGAGCCUCGGGCCUUCUUGAUUGACAGACAGCUACUUGCAUCCAUCCGCAAGCCCAUAGAACUAUCUCCAAGUGGACGGCUCAACCAUGUCAUCGUCGACGACGUUUCUGCCCUCGAAUCCGCAGCCUUCGGGCUUCAACCAGACGGGUGGCGGGCACAACCAUCAGCGAAGUUCGACUGGUCCGCUCAUGACGCCUGUGCAAAAGCCGGGAGAAUCAGCUUCUUCGUCGGCCGCAUCGCGCGUUUGCUACUUCUUCGAUUCUGACAUUGGCAAUUACCAUUACGGUCCAGGCCACCCCAUGAAGCCGACAAGGAUACGCAUGUGCCACAGCCUCGUCAUGAAUUACGGCCUCUACAAGAAGAUGGAGAUCUUUCGCGCAAAACCGGCCACGAAGCGAGAAAUGUCGCAAUUUCACACCGAUGAAUACGUGGAUUUCCUCUACCGCGUCACACCCGACAAUGUCGAUGCGUAUGCCAAAGAGUGCCUCAAGUUUGACGUAGGCGACGACUGUCCCGUAUUCGACGGCCUAUUCGAGUAUUGCUCCAUCAGCGCAGGAGGAUCGAUGGAGGGAGCCGCUCGUCUGUCUCGUGACAAAUGCGAUAUCGCCGUGAAUUGGGCCGGUGGGCUGCAUCAUGCAAAGAAGGGCAGCGCCAGUGGGUUCUGCUACAUCAAUGACAUCGUCCUUGGUAUCCUCGAGCUGCUUCGGUAUCACCCCAGGGUGCUCUACAUCGACAUCGACGUCCAUCAUGGCGACGGUGUCGAGGAAGCCUUCUACACCACGGAUCGCGUCAUGACAUGUAGUUUUCACAAAUACGGCGAAUUCUUUCCGGGCACGGGCGAGCUGCGCGACACUGGCUUUGGCAAGGGCAAGAAUUACGCGGUCAAUUUUCCCUUGAGGGACGGCAUCACCGACGAGAGCUACAAGAGCGUAUUCGAGCCUGUCAUCACAUCGAUCAUGGAGCACUACCAGCCCUCUGCUGUGGUACUGCAAUGCGGCUCGGACUCGCUGGCUGGUGAUAAGAUUGGCAGCUUCAAUCUGUCGAUGCGUGGGCAUGCCAACUGUGUUGAAUUCGUGAAAAGCUUUGGCCUGCCCCUGCUCCUCCUCGGUGGUGGAGGCUACACGAUUCGAAACGUGAGCCGAGCAUGGGCCUAUGAAACGGGUCUUGCUGCUGGGCAAGAACUGAGCCCCCAGGUUCCUGUGAAUGAGUACUACCAGUACUUUGGACCCGACUACACCCUUGACGUUCGUCCCAACAACAUGGAAGACCUCAACACGCGAGGCUACCUGGAGAAGCUCAAGAUUCAAGUGAUGGAAAACUUGCGUCAAACAGCCUUUGCCCCAUCUGUUCAGGGUCAUGUUGAGCCGAGGAUAGAGCGGGACGAGGCAUUGGACGAUGAGGAAGGCCUGGCAACUGACAUGCUGGAUCCAGACGUGCGUGCCAGUAAGGAUCAGGGGAUGCGGGAUCGGAGAAGGCAGCGCGACGGCGAGCUCAGUGACAGCGAGGACGAAGGCGAGGGAGGACGGAGAGAUCGAAAGAAUUACGGUCAAAAUCAACGAAAUGGCAACGGCAAUGGAAACAAAAGUAGAAGCAAUAGCAAUGAGCCGCGGGCUCCUUCGUCGCAAGUUUCGAUCAUGCAGCCGUUGCUGCAGCGCCAGAGGACAGAGAAUGCCAACGAGAAUGGCGGGACCGCAGAUCCCGAUGCAGUCAAAGUUGAAGAAGAACGGAUGGCACUUGCGCAAGGGAUGGACGUUGACGCACCAGCUCCCGCAAAUGGAUCGCAGCUUACAGCCCCUGGUCUCUCUGAAGACGCCGUAAUGUCGGACAUGGCGGCGAUGACGGGUCCAGAAGCAUCCCAGCCCCAUCCUCCCUCGGCGAGCUAGACUUACGUUUCUGAUAUCCUCUCCCAUGUACUGUAUUAGAUCUCUUCUUAUUUCUCGCUUUCCCCCCGGUGUUUCAUUGCUAGAACAUGGUACAAGGGAACAUCAAUGCAUCCCACUUCUGCAAUCUU